AUGUUUAUCCAGGAUAUAUCGACUCAACGCGGGCCUCUGAGGCUGGUUCUGUGGCUCUGCGUCGGUGUGGGGUGUCUGUUGGCUCGGUCCGGAGCAGAAAAGGACCGCAGCGGCAGCUUGUGGUACCAGGACCUCUGCAGUUAUAAAUGGGAGGCUGUAGACCAGGACAGAAAUGUGAAAUACACCAUAAAACUCUGUGAGUCCUCACCCCCGACCAGCUGCGGGGCGAGCGCUGCAGUGUGCGCUCAGAACCUCGACGGAGAAGAACCUCGCUCAGUUGGUGAUGUUUCCCUGCAGAGGCUCUCUGGCACCGUCCUCGAUUAUAACUCCACAGAGACAUGCUCCGAAGGCAAUAACCCCAUUCAGACCAGCAUCAGCUUCCAAUGUGGGAAAACCAUGGGGACCCCAGAGUUUGUGGCUCUGUCUCAGUGUGUGCAUUACUUUGAGUGGAAAACCUACGCUGCCUGCAGGAAAGACAAAUUCAAGCCACACAAAGAGGUGCCCUGCUUCGUGUUCGACUCUGACGGCAAGAAGCACGACCUGAACCCUCUGAUCAAAGUGAGCGAUGGUUAUCUGGUGGACGACGGCGACGAAAGCACUGACUUUUAUAUCAACGUCUGCCGAAGCCUCAACUCUCUAUCUACAUCCUGUCCAGAGGACUCUGCAGCCUGCCUCAUCACCAAAGAUGGCUCUUUCAGCAUGGGCGCCCCCACCAGGCCGCUGGAGGCGGUGUCCAGUGACAGUUUGAGGUUACGGUAUGAAUUAAGUGCCGACUCGACGCCUCCAGAGAGAUGUGGACAACACCGGCCCACCGUCACCAUCACUUUCAUCUGUCCAUCAAACAGACAUUUGGGCAGCACCCCUAAGAUGGUUGCAGAGUCGAACUGCCGGUAUGAGGUGGAGUGGGUGACUGAAUAUGCCUGUCACAGAGACUACCUGGAGAGUCAUAGCUGCAAACUGACCAGUGAACAGCAUGACGUCUCCAUCGACCUCACACCUCUCACUCUGAGCUCUUUAGACAGACCCUACGUCUUCCAGUCUUCAUCCAGCGAAGACCCUGAGAACUACAUCUAUUACCUGAACGUUUGUGGGAAGAUUCCCACACAGGAAUGUGGGGACGACCCUUUUAUCUCGUCCUGCCAGGUGAAGAGCUCUGCAGACACCCACAAAGUGGCCGGGAGAUUUCAGAACCAGACGUUACGGUAUUCAGAUGGAGACCUCAGUCUGAUUUAUCCCGGUGGAGAUAAAUGCUCCUCUGGCUUCCAGAGAAUGACCAUCAUUAACUUCCAGUGUAACAAAACAGCCUCAAACAAUGGUCAUGGGACUCCAGUUUUUGCCGGGGAGACAGAUUGUACGUAUUAUUUUAACUGGGAUACAGCGUUUGCUUGUGUCAAAGAGAAGGAGGAUCUGCUUUGUCAGGUCAGAGAUGGCAGCAAACACUACGACCUCUCCCGCCUUACCAAGUACCCCGAGUCAAAUGACAGCGACAACUGGGAGGCGGUGGGUGAGCGAGCUACAAAAUCAGACAUGCGCUACUACCUGAACAUCUGCCACAAAGUGCUGAAGCGAGGAGGAGCCGCUAACUGUCCAGAAGACGCUUCCUUCUGUGCUGUGGAUAAGAAUAAUAAGAGCAUCAGCUUGGGCAGCUUCCUCUCUCCUCCUCAGAUGACCAAACAGGGGAAUGACAUCAGACUGCUGUAUACUGACGGGACGACCUGUGAAAACAAGAAGACUAGGACCCAAACUAUUGUGACCCUCAAGUGCAAACCAGGACAUCUUGAGAGUCCUCCGAUACUUCGCAGCGUUUCCUCUGAUGAAUGCCUUUAUGAGUUGGAGUGGUACACGGCUGCUGCCUGCAUCCUCUCAAAGACAAAAGGAGACGACUGCAAGGUGGAAGACCCCCAGGCUGGAUUCUCCUUUGAUUUGUCACCUCUAACCAAACCUGAAGGCAGCUUUUACAAUGUGACCAACGGUGGUUACGACUACUUCAUCAAUGUUUGUGGUCUGGUCAAAGCCGCCGGGUGUCCUGAGAAUGCCGGAGCAUGCCAAGUGGAAAAGAGCGCUUGGAGCCUCGGGAAGGCGAACUCUCAUCUGUCCUACUAUGACGGGUUGAUCCAGCUGACCUACGUUAAUGGCUCCCAGUACAACAAUGCAAAACACACCCUGAGAUCCACCCUCAUCUCCUUCCUCUGUGAUCCAGAGGCUGGACUAGGAAGCCCAGAAUUCCAGGUUGAGGAUAACUAUACCUAUAAUUUCCGCUGGUACACAUCCUACGCAUGUCCUCAAAGGCCUCAUGAAUGUUUGGUGACAGAUCCCAUCACUCUCGACCAAUAUGACCUGUCCAGCUUGUCGCGAUCCACCUCAUCUAAGAACUGGCUUGCAAUGGAUUUGACCGACACUGCGAACAUAAAGAAGUACUACAUCAACAUAUGUCAGCCCAUCGUCCCGGUGCCAGGAUGUGACCGGGACGCAUCAGUUUGCCAGAUGAAGUACAUAAACGAUAAGGGCUCUACAAAGGAGGUGGUGUCGGUCAGUAACAUGGGGAAGUCCAAGAGAGGUCCAAUCAUCGAGGGAAGGGACCGGCUGCUGCUGGAGUUCACUGAUGGUUCUGUCUGCAUGUCGGAGGGCCAGAAACUUACUUAUACUACAAUCAUUCACCUGGUCUGCUCUAGAGGAGCCUCUGCUAUGGGCCCGCGUUUCGAGUUGAACCAGAACUGCACUGCCAUCUUUGUGUGGGAGACCAAAGCUGCCUGCGCCAUCCAAACCAUUAAGAAUGAUUCCUGUGAGAUUGCAGAUCCCGUCUCUGGUUUCAAGUACAAUCUUCGGCUUUUGGCCUCUAAGGAAGGAUACAACACAACUGCUAACGGCAAAGACUUCUUGGUCAACAUCUGCGCAGACGCACCAAGAUGCGGACAGGGGAUGGGCGGCUGUGAGAUAGAGAACGGGCAGGCGAUAAGCCCCGUGGGGGUGGAGAAGACACUCAAGUACUCCACUGAUGGUGCACUACAGCUGACGUAUAAAGGAAGUCUGGAUGGGAAAUCAGCAACCAGAGACACCUUCACCAUCAACUUUGUGUGUAACCCAAAAUCUCACCCUGGGUCAUUAAAACUGGUGAGAGAAGACAUGAGUACUCUAUCCAGCCACGUUGUCCAUGAAGCCCUGUUCGAGUUCUCUACAGCUCUGGCCUGCAUCCCCGCUUCUGUCGACUGCAGGAUCGUUGAUCCCCAUGGAAAUGAGUAUGAUCUGAGCCACCUGAUCCGAGACGAAGACGACAGCCCCUGGAUCCCUAUGGACCCGGGUGCUGGGACAUCACGCAAAUUCUACAUAAAUGUCUGCAAGCCGCUCCCAAGUCAUGAAGAGUGUCCAGUGGGUCCUCUCGGAGCUUGUGGCGUGAUAAAUGGGAAAAGUUUCAACCUGGGUUACAUACAGUCCAGCCCGCAGGUGGCAGAUGAAGGCUCCAUCACCAUCAUGUACCAGAACGGAGACAAGUGUGGCGAUUCAUCCACGUACUCGACACGCAUCUUACUACAGUGUGCCGAUAACCCGGGCUCCCCCAUGUUUGACCGUCAAGAUGGCUGCGAAUACGUCUUUGUGUGGAGGACAUCAGAGGCAUGUCCGAUCAAGAAGGUUAAAGGGGAGAACUGUCGAGUUCGUGACCCCAAGAGUGGCUAUGAGUUCGACUUCAGCUCUCUGAAGGACAAGGAUUUUUCCAUCCCCAGUGACAAGUACACCUACCACCUGUCAGUCUGCAGCGCGCUGCAGAAAGAUGUCUGCCCACACAAAGGCACAGAACCUGUGUCUUCCUGCCAGGUGUCUGGAAGCACUCACAAGACUGCCGGAUUGUCAAACCAGAUACUGAAUUAUGUCGGGGAUCAGAUCAUCCUGAACUACACCAGUGGAGACACCUGUCAUAGAAUCUAUCAAAGAUCCACGGUCAUCAGCUUCUCUUGCCACCCUGACAAACAUCCUGGAGUACCAGAGUUCAUUAAGGAGACUCCUGAUUGUACCUACCUGUUCAACUGGCCCACUGCCCUGGCUUGCAUCCCAGCCAAAGCUACCAGCUGUUCCUACAACGACGGCCGGGGCCACUCCUAUGACCUCUCUCCUCUGACUUUGGACUCUCAAAACUGGGAGGUAGAGAUCUCGACUCAAACCACGGGGAAAAGGUUUUACAUAAAUGUCUGCAGGUCUCUGGUUCAGCAGGGAGGUUCUUGGAAGUGUCCCUCUAAUGCAGCUUCCUGCGUGAAGGAUGGGGAUGAAUAUGUGAGCCUGGGGCAGCUGACAUCCAGCCCUGAACUGGACGGAGACGUUCUGAAGCUACAGUAUACCAGCGGCCAUCCCUGCCCGAACAGGAGCGUUAACCGGAGCAGCAUCAUCCGCCUCAAGUGUGACAAAGAUAAAGUGGAUUCCAGACCCACUCUGAUCUCUGAGAUAGAGGACUGCGUGUACACGUUCCUGUGGUUAACAGCUGCUGCUUGCCCUCUAAACACCAGCCAGCACGACGGGUGCAGAGUCACCAACCCUGCCACAGGUCACUUAUUUGAUCUGAACCCUUUGAAGACAGCUGAAGAUUACGUGGUUUAUGAUCACAACAACAGAAAGAAGAUGUUUCGCUUAAACAUCUGUGGAAAAGUGACCAACUCUGGAUGCAGUUCAGAAUCAGCUGUAUGCAUUAAGGAGGGAAAUACUGCGGUGAGCGGUGGUGAAUUGAGCACCGAGCUGUCGUACAGAGAUCGUGUGUUGGAGCUGACAUAUGACGGAGGAAGCCCCUGCUCUGCAAACCCCAACCUGAAACACAAAACCAUCAUCCACUUUAUCUGCAGGCCUUCUUCCAUGAGCUCCAUCCCUGAGGAGCCGGUCCUUGUUGCUUCGAAUGCUGAGACUUGCACACACUUCUUCUCCGUCCACACACCGCUGGUCUGCGAACAAGCAGUAACCUGUUCGGUCCAGAAUGGCUCUGCUCUAAUAGAUCUGACGCCUCUCAUUCAUGUCAAUGGAUUCUACUCAGCAGCAGAUGUUGCUAUCAACCCAUAUGAAUCUCCAGAUUUUUACAUUAACGUCUGUGAGCCUUUGAACCCCAUCCCAGACGUCUCCUGCCCACCUGGAGCCGCAGUGUGUAUGGACCCUGAUAAUGAACCACCUGUGGAUAUUGGACGGACCACCUCUGGGCCACAGAUCAACAGUAUGACAGGCAAAGUGUUCAUCACCUACCAAAGCUCCACCCAGUGUCCAUCUGACCCUCAGCAGAACUACAGUUCAACCAUUAUCUUUACCUGCCAGAAAGGCCUGGAGCUGGGUUCCCCUCAGAUGCUGGGGCUGCAGGGUUGUGUUUUCCUGUUUGAGUGGGCGACUCCUAUCGUCUGCCCAGAUUCCACCCAAACCAGCGGCUGCCAACUCAGAGACUCGCAGCUCGAUUAUACGUUUGAUCUUAAAUCCCUUUCUGGUGAAGUCCAGGUGAAAUCGAGCUCUGGCAUGUAUCACAUCAACAUCUGUGGCUCUGUGGCAGAGAAAGGCUGUAUGCAGAGUGCGGUUUGCCAGGUGCCUAGUUCUGGUUCAGGGAAGCCCGCUGCAUCGUAUGGUAUGAGUAAAGCCAUGAAGAUGGACUUCAAACAUGAAGAGCAAGCAGUGCUGAUGCAGUACGGAGGAGGAGAUCCCUGCCCACCAGCGACAGACAAGAGCGAGAUGUGCGUGUUCCCGUUCACCUUCAUGAAGAAGAGGUAUAACGAAUGCACCACAGACGGAAGGACGGAUGGUUUGAAGUGGUGCGCCACAACUUCCAGCUAUGACAGUGACAAAAAAUGGGGAUUCUGCGUUGAAGGUUCUGCGAAGCGUCAGUCCUCCAUCCUCUUCAGAUGCAACCACACUGUAGGCCACGGCAAACCGGAACUGCUCUCUGAGACCGCCGGCUGUUUGACCGAGUUUGAGUGGUACACCAGCACCGUUUGCCCCCCGAGGAAGAUGGAGUGUAAGCUGAUAAGGAAGCAUCAGAUGUUUGAUCUUCGAUCGCUGUCGUCCCUCACCGAGCCGUGGAAUUUCAGCCACAAAGGAUAUUCGUAUUAUGUCAACUUGUGUCAGGGGAUCAACAGUAAGCCUCUUAGCUGUCCAAAGGGGGCGGCAGUGUGCCGACGCACCGCAGCUGGACAGACUCAGUCACUGGGUCAGGUUUACACCCAGAAAAUGAUCUACGCAGAUGAAAAGAUUUUGGUCAGCUAUUCAGUAGGGGAUGAUGUCUGUGGUAACAGGAUGAAGGCCAAAACGGUCAUCCAGCUGAGCUGUGGCACCACUGUGGGAAACCCUUCGUUCUUAAGGGAGGAUCCUGCGUCCUGCGAAUUUGUGAUUAAAUGGGAAACAAACUUGGCUUGUGCCUCGAAGCAGCAGGAGCUGCAGAUGGUAGACGGGACGCUAAAGGUACCAGAUACCGGAAACAGCCUGAAUCUGGGAGAGCUCUACAACAG